AUGUUGUUUGAGGAGAUCCGGCACAAUGGUGACAGUAACAGUAGUGACAGUAACAGUGGUGACAGUAACAGUAGUGGUAACAGUGGUGACAGUAACAGUGGUGACAGUAACAGUAGUGACAGUAACAGUGGUGACAGUAACAGUAACAACAGUAACAGUGGUGACAGUAACAGUGGUGACAGUGACAGUAGUGACAGUGACAGUGGUAACAGUGGUGACAGUAACAGUGGUAACAGUGGUGACAGUAACAGUAGUGACAGUAACAGUGGUGACAGUAACAGUAGUGACAGUAACAGUAGUGACAGUAGUGGUAACAGUAGUGACAGUAACAGUAGUGGUAACAGUGGUGACAGUAACAGUGGUGACAGUAACAGUACUGACAGUAGUGGUAACAGUAGUGACAGUAACAGUAGUGACAGUAACAGUAGUGGUAACAGUGGUGACAGUAACAGUGGUGACAGUAACAGUAGUGGUAACAGUGGUGACAGUAACAGUGGUGACAGUGACAGUGGUGACAGUAACAGUAGUGACAGUGACAGUGGUGACAGUAACAGUAGUGACAGUGACAGUAGUGACAGUGACAGUGGUGACAGUAACAGUAGUAACAGUAACAGUGGUGACAGUAACAGUGGUGACAGUAACAGUAGUGGUAACAGUGGUGACAGUAACAGUAGUGACAGUAGUGGUAACAGUAGUGGUAACAGUAGUAACAGUAGUGGUAACAGUAGUAACAGUAACAACAGUAACAGUGGUGACAGUGACAGUGGUGACAGUAACAGUAGUGACAGUAACAGUGGUGACAGUAACAGUAGUGACAGUAGUGGUAACAGUAGUAACAGUAACAACAGUAACAGUGGUGACAGUAACAGUGGUGACAGUGACAGUGGUGACAGUAACAGUAGUGACAGUAACAGUGGUGACAGUAACAGUAGUGAAAGUAGUGGUAACAGUAGUAACAGUAACAACAGUAACAGUGGUGACAGUAACAGUAGUGACAGUAACAGUGGUGACAGUGGUGACAGUAGUGGUAACAGUAGUAACAGUAACAACAGUAACAGUGGUGACAGUAACAGUGGUGACAGUAGUGACAGUAACAGUAGUAACAGUAACAGUGGUGACAGUAACAGUAGUGACAGUAACAGUAGUGACAGUAACAGUAGUGACAGUAACAGUGGUGACAGUAGUGACAGUAACAGUAGUGACAGUAACAGUAGUGACAGUAACAGUGGUGACAGUAGUGACAGUAACAGUGGUGACAGUAACAGUAGUGACAGUAACAGUGGUGACGGUAACAGUAGUGGCAGUAGUGGUAACAGUAGUUACAGUAGUGACAGUAACAGUAGUGACAUUAACAGUGGUGACAGUAACAGUAGUGACAGUAACAGUGGUGACAGUACCAGUGGUGACAGUGGUGACAGUAGUGGUGACAGUAGUGGUAACAGUAGUAACAGUAACAACAGUAACAGUGGUGACAGUAACAGUGGUGACAGUAACAGUAGUGACAGUAACAGUAACAACAGUAACAGUGGUGAAAGUAACAGUGGUGAAAGUAGUGACAGUAACAGUGGUGACAGUAGUGACAGUGACAGUAGUGACAGUGACAGUGGUGACAGUAACAGUGGUGACAGUAACAGUAGUAACAGUAACAACAGUAACAGUGGUGACAGUAACAGUAGUGACAGUAACAGUGGUGACAGUAACAGUGGUGACAGUGGUGACAGUAGUGGUAACAGUAGUAACAGUAACAACAGUAACAGUGGUGACAGUAGUGACAGUAGUGACAGUAACAGUAGUGACAGUAACAGUAGUAACAGUAACAGUGGUGACAGUAGUGACAGUAACAGUGGUGACAGUAACAGUGGUGACAGUAACAGUAGUGACAGUAGUGGUAACAGUAGUGGUAACAACAGUAACAGUGGUGACAGUGACGGUGGUGACAGUAACAGUAGUGACAGUAACAGUAGUAACAGUAACAGUAGUGAUAGUAACAGUGGUGACAGUAACAGUAGUGACAGUAGUGACAGUAACAGUGGUGACAGUAACAGUAGUGACAGUAACAGUGGUGACAGUAACAGUGGUGACAGUAACAGUGGUAACAGUAACAGUAGUGACAGUAACAGUAGUGACAGUAACAGUGGUGACAGUAACAGUGGUGACAGUAACGACAGUGACAGUAACGACAGUAACAGUGGUGACAGUAACGGUGGUGACAGUAACAGUGGUGACAGUAGUGACAGUAACAGUAGUGACAGUAACAGUAGUGACAGUAACAGUGGUGACAGUAGAGACAGUAACAGUGGUGACAGUAACAGUAGUGACAGUAACAGUGGUGACAGUAACAGUAGUGGCAGUAGUGGUAACAGUAGUUACAGUAGUGACAGUAACAGUGGUGACAGUAACAGUGGUGACAGUAACAGUAGUGACAGUAACGGUGGCGACAGUAACAGUGGUGACAGUAACAGUAACAACAGUAACAGUAGUGACAGUAACAGUGGUGAAAGUAACAGUGAUGACAGUAGUGACAGUAACAGUGGUGACAGUAGUGACAGUAACAGUGGUGACAGUGACAGUAGUGACAGUAACAGUGGUGACAGUAACAGUAGUGACAGUAACAGUGGUGACAGUGACAGUAGUGGUAACAGUAGUAACAGUAACAACAGUAACAGUGGUGACAGUAACAGUAGUAACAGUAACAGUGGUGACAGUAGUGACAGUAACAGUGGUGACAGUAACAGUAGUGAUAGUAACAGUGGUGACAGUAACAGUAGUGACAGUAGUGGUAACAGUAGUAACAGUAGUGGUAACAGUAGUAACAGUAACAACAGUAACAGUGGUGACAGUGACGGUGGUGACAGUAACAGUGGUGAAAGUAACAGUGAUGACAGUAGUGACAGUAACAGUGGUGACAGUAGUGACAGUAACAGUGGUGACAGUGACAGUGGUGACAGUAACAGUAGUAACAGUAACAGUGGUGACAGUAGUGACAGUAACAGUGGUGACAGUAACAGUAGUGAUAGUAACAGUGGUGACAGUAACAGUAGUGACAGUAACAGUAGUGACAGUAACAGUAGUGACCGUAACAGUGGUGACAGUAACAGUAGUGACAGUAACAACAGUAACAGUAGUGACAUUAACGACAGUAACAGUAACGACAGUAACAGUGGUGACAGUAACAGUAGUGACAGUAACGGUGGUGACAGUAACGGUGGUGACAGUAACAGUAGUGACAGUAACGACAGUAACAGUAACGGCAGUAACAGUGGUGACAGUAACGGUGGUGACAGUAACGGUAGUGACAGUAACAGUGGUGACAGUAGUGACAGUAACAGUGGUGACAGUAACAGUAGUGACAGUAACAGUAGUGACAGUAACAGUGGUGACAGUAGUGGUAACAGUAGUAACAGUAACAACAGUAACAGUGGUGACAGUAACAGUGGUGACAGUAACAGUGGUGACAGUGGUGACAGUAGUGGUAACAGUAGUAACAGUAACAACAGUAACAGUGGUGACAGUAACAGUGGUGACAGUGGUGACAGUGGUGGUAACAGUAGUAACAGUAACAACAGUAACAGUGGUGACAGUAACAGUAGUGACAGUAACAGUAGUAACAGUAACAGUGGUGACAGUAGUGACAGUAACAGUGGUGACAGUAACAGUAGUGACAGUAACAGUAGUGAUAGUAACAGUGGUGACAGUAACAGUAGUGACAGUAACAACAGUAACAGUAGUGACAGUAACAGUAGUGACAGUAACAGUAGUGACAGUAACAACAGUAACAGUAGUGACAGUAACAGUGGUGACAGUAACAGUGGUGACAGUAACGACAGUAACAGUAACGACAGUAACAGUGGUGACAGUAACAGUGGUGACAGUAACAGUAGUGACAGUAACAGUGGUGACAGUAACGGUGGUGACAGUAACGACAGUAACAGUAACGACAGUAACAGUGGUGACAGUAACGGUGGUGACAGUAACGGUGGUGACAGUAACGGUGGUGACAGUAACGGUGGUGACAGUAACAACAGUAACAGUAGUGACAGUAACGGUGGUGACAGUAACGGUAGUGACAGUAACGGUAGUGACAGUAACAGUCACUGUAGCCGCAGUAGUAGUAACAGUAACAGGAUCUUCACUUCUCCUUCUGACUCGGUGUACAGCUGGGGCGGGGGAUCGGCGCUUUCCGGUGGAGGAAGAAUCUUUAAAUGUGAGCGUGAGUGUGAGCGUGGAAGAGCGUCUGUCUCUCUUGUGUGUGCGAUGUGCAGCGUCUUCACCGUUCUCCUCAUCAUCAUCUUCACUCUUCUGACGUGUUUGAGUCGUUUGAGUUUCUGCUUUCUAGGCAUCGAGAGGAGAGAAAACCCCGUGCCUCUUGCCCCGUGUCUCUGCCUUGUGUCUCUGCCCUGUGUCCUCAGCCCUGUGUCUCUUGCCCUGUGUCUCUUGCCCUGUGUCGUCAGCCCAGUGUCUCUUGCCCCUGUCGCGGCGUGUGAGCCGACAGGAAGCUGGGGAAACGAGGGGAAACUCAUGUCAUCACCAUUACCGACAAAUAACCUGAGACGUCUGUCUGAGACACUCAAGCAAACAAUCCAUUUCCUUCUUCCAAAUAAGAACACACACGAGGGCCGGCCGAUGAAAGACGUCCCUUUAGCCGCGCGUCCACAGGAGCAGGAGACGCGUCCUGGACAGAUGAAGAUCGAGCGCCGUGACUGA